UGCUGUCAAGUCGUCAACAGUUUUUAUUUACAAAAUAACAAACAGGUCUACGCAAAAUAUUUUUGUUUUUAGGAACUUUACAAUACAAGACGCAUUUAAGAAAUAUUGUUUAUUUAAAAUGUCUUCAGAAGAAGAAGAUUACAUGUCGGACGCAUUUCUUAACGGAUUGACGGAAGUUCGGCCGAGUCUCAUCCAGGACCGAGGCAAAAAGCGUCAAGUCAAAAUUGAAGCUAAAAGAGCAGAUUUUAACAAAAAGCCGAAGAACAUCGAAAGCAGUGAACGAUUGCAAGAAGGUCUACAAUGUCCAAUUGAGAGCGAGAACAAGGGUUUUAAAUUACUUGCCAAAAUGGGUUACAAGCCUGGUGAUUCGCUCGGAAAAUGUUCGUCUUCCGGCAUCAAGGAACCGAUUGGUAUUAAUGUGAAAACAGAUCGCAGUGGGUUGGGUAGAGAAGCUGCCUUGAAAGACAUUGAAACCAAGAGAAGGCAAAUUCGUGCCAAACAUUUACAACGCCUAAAAAACCAACCCGAAGUAACACCAGAAGAAUAUCGACAACGAAUGACGGAAAAAGCACAAGAACGUUUCGUCGCCACCGCCUUGAGGAAAUGCCAACAAUCGUGUGAAGAACUCGACCAAAAGGCAAAAGUCAAUGAACCCCAUCUCAAAUGGUUCUGGCCAGAUCGCACUCCCCCAUCUGAAGACGAUGAACCCGAAAAAGAAGACGUCGACGAUGAAGAAGACGAAGAGGAUGUCUUCGAAUACUCUGCUGCUGAAAAACUUGAAAUGCUCACUAGCUACAUGCGCACGUCUUACAAUUAUUGCCACUGGUGUGGUGUGCACUACAAAGACCUCGACGACAUAGAUAGCAACUGUCCUGGUCUAACAAAAGAUGAUCAUUAG